AUGGCAGAAGCAUCUUCAUCAUCAAUCUCUAGAGAUUCUGAAUCAAAACUCGAAGACAUUAGUGUUCAAAUAAAUAGCAACAUUUCUGUCUUUACACAGCUUCCGACACUGAAUGGAAUAUAUCUUUUGCUAGAAAAUUAUUUCAACCUUUUCGUCGCAGUUUUUUUCAAUUUUUUUUAUAGCACAAGCAAAAUGUCAGAACCAAAAUUCGAAGACAUUAGUGUUCAAAUAAAUAGUGACCCUCCUAUUCUUAUACAACUGCCUAUAAAUAAAACACUGAAUGAAAUCCGUCGUUUACUUGCCGUUGAACCAAAUAUUCGAAUGGAUUUAAAAAUGGGUUUCAUGACCCCAUUUGUCAGAAUCAUGCAAAAAAAUGAAUGUCAAUAUCUUUUAUCAAAAAUUCUUGAUGACAAUAAUCUAAAAAUUAUCGGCGAACAGGAACCAGACUGGGAAAAUAUAAAAAAAAUAUGUAAGCUAGAGUAUGGAGUUGACUUUUCGGAAAAAGGUCCAGAGAGCGCAGAAAAAAAAGCAUUUGAUAUUACGAAAUUUCAUUUAAGAAAGCUAGAAAGACCAGAUAUAAUUGAUGAAAUGAUCGUGUGCCAAACAGAAAUUGAUAAAAUUUGUGUAAAAAAUCUUGUAGCAAAGUCUCAGAUCACUGCGAAUUUGCUGUGGUCAUCAUCGAUCUCGGCAACACUUGGUGGAUCUAGAGAAACUGAAAAUCACGUAUAUAUUGGAAAUUCAAUUACUUAUCGGACUUCAAAAAGAAUAAAAGCUACAAUAUCAUAUUCUGAAUCAGAAGUAAAGCCCACAGAAGAAUUUAUAAAAGCUGUCGAUGACGCACUCGCAUCAGAUAAUCAGC